AUGGAUCCGAAACUCAUCAGCGCAUUCAUAGAAAGGUGGAGACCCGAGACUUACACAUUUCAUCUUCCAUGCAGAGAGUGUACCAUCAUUUUGGAGGACGUGCAGUUACAAUUAGGAUUGCUGGUGGAUGGGUUCAUACUCACCGGGUCCGUUCCAUCUGAUGAUUCGGGAGCCAUAUACUACGAUCUUUUAGGUGCGAUUUCGGAUAAUAUUUACGGAGGUCGGAUCGAGAUGGGCUGGUUACAAGACAAAUUCUUAGAGUCGGCGAAUGAUUUGAAUGAAGUAGAAAGAAUACGAUAUGCUCGGACAUACAUCUUUGAGAUCAUUGGAGGUUAUCUGAUGCCGAACUUGUCACAAAACCUUGUACAUCUGAGGUAG